CACACCUACUGGUUUCAGGGAAAACGAAACUUAUCUCUGAAUAACUCCCUCCCUCUCUGUGUCUCUUCCUCUUUCUCUUUCGCACUCUCACUUAGCAUGUGAGUGCAGGAAAAUGGCAGAAUCCAGUAUUUUAGAUCACUUUUCAGUGGAUCAGUUCAGUUGUCCAGUGUGUCUGGAUCUCCUGAAGGAUCCGGUGACUAUCCCCUGUGGUCACAGUUACUGUAAAGUGUGUAUUAAUGGCUACUGGGAUCAGGAGGAUGAGAAGGGGGUCUACAGCUGUCCUCAGUGCAGAGACACUUUCACUCCCAGGCCUGUUCUACGCAGAAACAACAUGUUGGCUGAAGUGGUGGAGAAACUGAAGAAGACUGAAGUCCAAGCUGCUUCUCCUGCUCACUGUUACGCUGGACCUGUGGAUGUGGAGUGUGAUUUAUGCAUCGGGAAGAAACGCAAAGCCGUCAAGUCCUGUCUGAUGUGUCUGGCUUCUUUUUGUGAAACUCAUUUUAAACCUCAUCUAGAAGUUUCUGCUUUGAAAAAGCACACAUUAAUCGAAGCCUCCUCAAAGCUCCAAGAGAAGAUCUGCUCUCACCAUGAUGAAGUGCUCAGGAUCUACUGUUGUACUUGUGUUUACACAAGUGUUAAAUGAAUUUGUCCUCCUCACCCAGUGUUAGUCAUAAUCAUGACAGAGCAAUCAGUGAACUUUGGAGAAGCUGAACACCAGUUUUACAACUUAAACAAUUCCACACAACACUGUGAACUUUAACCAUGUAGCUGUCGUAAAUAUUCAGCCACACACCAUUUAUAACCAGCUGAAUAUAAGUAA